UAAAAUACAAAUUGCAUUCAUUUAUCUCAAGAUCACUCAUUACAAAUUACUUCCAAGGCUUAAGUGGUACAAGAAAGGGGUAAUGGAGCUCUUUGUGCACGCUGCGCACUCUCGAAGUUAAUGACAAGAUGGGUGUCAACUUGUGGUAAAAGUGUCUCCAUGCAAAGCAACAGCAGCUCUUUAGCGCCCAUGGGUGCGCUGAGCGUGUGUGGGGGAGAGGAGGACGACCGCGAACUGUCCAAGUUGGUCAACCCGAACGCAGCGUCCAACCUGGCCGCCUUGAACCUGUCCCUCAACUGCUGGCUCCACAUCCUCUCCAAGGAGUCCUCUAUGGACCAGCAUGGAGACAGCGCCAACAUGGCGGUGCGAGUCCUCAUCGCUCUUGUCUACCUGGUGGUGUGUGUCCUCGGGCUUGUGGGCAACCUCCUGGCACUCUUUCUGCUUCAUUUCCGCCGUCGCGGUCACCACCACUCCUCCAUUGACUGUUUCGUGAUGAGCCUGGCACUCACCGAUCUCCAGUUCGUCCUCACCUUGCCUUUCUGGGCCGUGGACACGGUGCUGGACUUCCGCUGGCCCUUUGGCAGAGUCAUGUGCAAGAUUGUGAGCUCGGUCACCACCAUGAACAUGUAUGCCAGCGUCUUCUUUCUCACCGCCAUGAGCGUGACCCGCUACCACUCGCUGGUCACCUCUCUGAAGAUAGCCAGUCCAAGGAUGGCUGCUGCUCGAGCCAAGUGGGCCAGUAUGGCUAUUUGGGUAGUGUCACUGGCGGCCACACUGCCACAUUCCAUCUACUCUACCACAGUUCAGGUGUCUGCUGAUGAUGAGCUCUGCCUGGUGAGGUUCUCCGAAUUAGAUUCCGGUCACUGGGAUCCUCAAGUUCUCCUCGGACUCUACCAAAUGCAGAAAGUGCUUCUGGGAUUUGUUGUUCCUUUGAUCAUCAUCAGCGUGUGCUACCUCCUUCUCCUGAGGUUCAUCCUGAACAGGCGUGUUGUGUGCAGCGUGAUCGGCGGGGCUGCCGCACAGAGGUCCGAAGGCGAGCAAGGCCGCCACCGCCGCCGCUCCAAAGUCACCCGGUCUGUCACCAUCGUAGUUCUGUCCUUCUUCAUCUGCUGGCUGCCCAACCAGGCUCUGACCCUGUGGGGGAUAUUGAUCAAGUUUGAUCUGGUGCCCUUCAGCAAAGCCUUCUACAACGCUCAGGCCUAUGCCUUCCCCCUGACCGUGUGCCUGGCCCAGGCAAACAGUUGCCUCAACCCAGUCCUCUACUGCCUCAUCCGCCGGGAGUACCGCACUGGACUCAAGCAGCUUCUUCUGCGAGUGUCUCUCUCCAUCCGGAACAUUUUCACACAUGCUGUGAGGGGGAAGAGAGUGGAGGAAGCACCCCCCAGUUUGGUGAUGAUACACAAAGACAACGUGUGAUUUAGGGAAGGCGCCACAAUACAUCUCACACAUCUCUCAAGGUGGACAUAUUCUAUGAUAAAUAACAUACAGUGGAACCUCCAAAGUUGAACACAUCUGUUCAAUGACACCAGAUGACUUUCAAGUUAAAAUCAAACUAUUGUUUUUGUGAGUGAACUAAAAAACUAUUACCACAAUCAAAUAUUUUAUAAUAAUAUGUCAAAAGUAUAAAGAGAGAUAAAUCACUGUGUAAUACAACUAAAACAAAGUAAAACUGCUCAUUUUUAUGGUCACGUUCAUGCUAGCUUGGAGCUUUUACGUUCACAUCUGCUCAGUUAAAUGAAUUUGUGGAUGUACAAUCGGCACUCGUCACUUUGUGGUUCGAACAUCGCUCCCUCACCAUCGCAGUUUUUCAAAAAUGAAUGAAUGAAUUAAUGAUUGCUGUUUCGUGGUUGACUAUUAUUGUUUAACAAAUAUUGAAUGACACGUCAGUCAUAGUAUUCUGGUCACUGGACGUCAGCAAUGUUACAUUGAAGAGUUCUCUUCUCAUUCCGUGUGCAAGUACUGUAGUACGUUUUUGGCUUCUUACUUUGUCGUUCUUCCCCACUCUGUUUGAAACCCUUUCUUCAGUUCAGAAUAAAUAAAUUUGAGACUAACUAGUUAACUAACUAGUUAAGCAUGCUGAUGCUUAAAGCUGCUGCCGUCUCAUGUGUCCCUGCAGUGAUCCCGUAGAUUGUGAUGUAAACAAAGAAUAAUAGGAGUGUAAAGGUGACUGUACGGGUGUUAUAUCAUCUCUACAGGACUAAAAUAAUGGUAAAAACUGUUUUUAGAAAGUCAUGAAAAGGUUUUCCAUGGUCUAACUGCAAAAAAUAUUCCAUUUAUUAAUAUUUAAUCCUACUUCAUGAAAUUCACUUAUCGCGAUCGGGUCUGAAGUUAAACCAGGGAUGACUGUAGUCGAUAUUUAAAAGUUCCAUGUCAGUUUCUAUGGUUAUCAUCAUUCUUUUUUUCACUGGUAUCUUUCUGUGGCAUCAUAAGUUGCUCCUGGUACCUGUUGGUACAAUACUUUAAAGUGGCAAAUUAACUCAUGAAUGUUAAAAAGUGAGAAAAGCAAAACCCUUUUUUAUCCUUGUUGCGAGACGUAGGCGAGAACGGGGUUGGUUGUCGCACUUCUUACUUUCGUGUGAAUUUCUCAUCAUAGAAAACAUCUUUCAGCAACCAUUCCGAUAUUAAAUUGAAGCUGAAGUUGUUGAAAUAUGUGUUUGUAAUUAACUACAAAGAAAGACACUAACCUUGCUAACAACAAAGCUAACAACAGUGUCGAACCAGCUAGCUAAUAACAAUCUAAAGUUAAACAAAAGCUUUCCCUUCACACUUUUUCUGUUUAAGUUUAAAACCCCUCAAAGACAAAUACCGAGGAGCUGACUAUUUACAAUUUGACAUGAAAAACACAAAAAGUCCUCUCAUCUCAAGUUCAGCUUCAGAGAAGAUUUUGUAGGUUGGCUCUGAUCUCAAUUCCACAGAUUUUCAUACCACAAUUUGAGAAGUUUGAACCUCCGUUUGGAGUGCGUGCGUGGGUUUUGUACGGGUACACCGAUUUCCUCCCAGAUUCCAAAAAUAUGCAUGUAUGUUGAAUUGGCGACUCUAAAUUGUCCAUAGUUAUGAAUGUGAGUGUGGUUAUUUGUCUAUAUCAGUCUAUAUCUGUAUCUAUAUCACUGUGGGUUCCCUUAGCAGCUCCUUCAGCAGCAGACUGUUACACCCACGGUGUAAGAAGGAGAGGUUCCGCAGGUCCUUCAUACCGACCGCUGUCAGGCUCUACAACACCUGCACCACCUGAACCAUGUUGUAGUCACGAUGCUUUACUUUACUGUUCUCUUUACUUGUCUUGCUUGCUUGCUGCUGUAACAAGUAAAUUUCCCCGCUGUGGGAUCAAUAAAGUACAUACAAUACAAUACAAUACAAUAUGUGCCCUGCGAUUGGCUGGUGACCAGUCCGGGGUGUACCCCGCCUCUCGCCCAAAGUCAGCUGGGAUAGGCUCCAGCUUACCUGUGACCCUAGUGAGGAAAAGCGGCAUCGAAGAUGGAUGGAUGGAUUUAAGAAACAGUGUCUUGUGGUGGCGAAUAUGAGCGUGACAACCAUGCCGUGUGGCAAUGAAUCCCGUUCUGCCUGAUGCAUGAUGAUGGUUUUAAUACCAGGUUUUGUUCGACUUGUGAUGCAUAUUUUUCCAGAAAAAAAGCUUGGUUGAACUUGGUUGACAUUUGAGUUUCAACUAUAUGUUUUUCUGUCAUUUUUUCCCCAGCCUCCAGAUAAAAAAAAAAAAUAGGCCUAAUCAAACAGUGCAAUCACUUUUACCGCUUCAACCAAUCAAUGCAGUAAAACGUGAUUUGCUUUUAAUUGAGACUUUUCCUCUCUAGCGCCCACGCAAGUAACCACGAUGAAAAUUGCCUCCCAUUGUGCUUUUAUUGUGUGACCUACUA